AUGUACUCGGAUAGGUACUGGGAGAUGUACAAUGAAAUUGACGGCGACUUUAAAGACGUAGCCAUCAGUACAUUUAAGGUCGGCCUCCCAGCCGAGCACGGCUUAAGAAAGUCUUUGACAGGGAAGCCUGUCACUAGUGUGUGCCAGCUCAUGGAUAGGAUUGACAAGAUAGGGGGGUAUGAUGUGAAGAGAGUGUUAGUAGACCAAGGUAACACUGUCAAGAUCAUGUACCCCGACCUAUACAAGGGGCUGAAGUUAAAACCUAAGGACUUGACAACCUACGAUUCCCCUAUGAUAAGUUUUGAAGAGAAGACUGUUAUUCCAAAAUGUCAAAUUAGACUACCCAUACAGGCUGGUUCGGAAAUGGUGGAGGUAGACAUCAUCGUGGUGGAUGCUUAUUCCCCCUACAUGGCUAUUGUGGCCAGACCCUGGCUCCAUACUAUGGAAGCCGUCUCAUCUACCUUGCACCAGAAAGUGAAAUACCUCUCGGGGGGCCACGUCGAAGAGAUUUCGCCAGCUUGUGGACCAACCAAAGAGCCGAAAUGCGAGGAUUUGGAAAAAUUUGUUAUAGGUGGUGAUUUGGAGAAGUUCUUUCAGGUCAGGGCUCAACUGCCUCCUCAAGAGAAAGAAGAGCUGUUGGAAUUCCUUAGAAGAAACAUUGAUGUGUUUGCAUGGGACGCUUAUGAAGCCUUGGGGGUGGACCCGAAUUUCAUCUACCAUCAUUUGAACGUUAACCCAUCCAUCACUCCCAAGAAAAAACUGCCUCGGCGCCCAUCUAAAAAGCAUGCAGACGCUGUCAGGGAAGAGGUGAUAAAGCUCAAACAGGAAGGGGCUAUCAAGGAGGUUUUCUACCCCGAAUGGUUGGUCAAUACUGUAGUAGUAAAAAAGAAGAGCGGGAAGUGGUGA